CCUUUUUCUUUUACUACCACUGAUUCAUGGCCUAUCUUGCGUAGUGGGUUGCGCCAUUUCAAGUAAGGUCAAUCAACCAAUCUGGGGCAGCCGUGGUCAAUUCCUCGCAAUGAUGACCUGUUACAUUUUUGAGGUCAUCAUCAUGACCAUCUUUCUUGCCUUUCCGCAUUGCCUCGUUUAUUAGCCACCUGCUUCGCCAACCACAAGAGGACAUCUGCAAGCAUCGCCGCUCUCUGAACGAAGAUAGGCAAGAAGAAAGGAACGGCAUGGACCCUGCAUCUCAAGGCAUUCCACUAUAUCCGGCUGCAUUCCAUGGCGGCUCCAGUCUGGCAGCAGGACAAUGCGGCGAUGAGCGACACUCGCGCCUAAUGCCACAGAAGGAUGGCGGCCAGUGGGCGGGCUUGGACGCGUCGUUGGGGCAGCCGGGCCGAACGUCCUACCCGCUUAGCUCGGAGCCAAGGAAGGUUGUUGCUCGACCUCAGCAGGACGUCCGGGGCACCGCAGGGGCUGAAGGGCCCUCCAGUGCGGAGGCUUCAGAAUGUCGACGAGCCUCAGUCUUUCCGUCGGGGGCCUCGAAAGCUUCUUCGGGACGCAGCAGCGCGUCGUACUCGUUCCGGCGGCACCACUCCGUCGCGGAGGACGACGACAGCUCGACGGUCUCGGUGAGCAGUUCCUCGACGACCACGAGCAGCGCUCACUGCUGCACAUGCAACGCGAACAAUGACUCCGACAUAGUAGCCCCUGGUAGGCGACGUCGGCGUUCCAGGUCGGGCGACAAAUUGGCCGGUACAUCAUUUCCCUGGACCACCUGCGUGCCCAUGGCCGGACUGACGACGCUCGCGGCGCUCCUUCUCCUGUUCGCCAUCUCCAUGGUGGUGACAUCGCAACGCCUCGCGCGGCAGUUUCCCGCUACACAGUACAUCGACGAAGACGUUCAGGAGAAGGCUUUGUCACGUGCUACUACCGCAAACACAGGUGGCGCGCUGGCCCAGCAGGAAGGAUUGGCCAAGGAGUCGCCCCCUGGAUUAUAUAUAGGCCGUCAACUGAACUCUGCGACAGGGAGCAUCCGGAAGCAAGUUACACUAUCGCCAUCGAUAACCGGAGCCGGGAUUUCCGCGCACAGCGUUAGCGAUAGAGUCACCAGCAAACAAAAAAGCAAGAAGGCUUUGUCGUCAAUGCCGUCUUCCAGAGAGGAUGUUGAUGCUCAAGAGGCGAGCCUGGACAAACUGGUCUUCCCCUUUCGGCGACCCACCCGGCCCGCGUGUGGCUCCGUGUACUACACGUUCUGCGAGCGGGCCCCACGAGAGUUCCAUUACCGGCGUGCAGCCAACGCUUGCGUCGAGACGGACGUGGUUGACGUGGCCAACGUCUGCAACCGGGGCGCCAACCGGUUUUCCACGCUGGACCUCUGCUUGGAGAGCUGCGUAUCCGCCGAGCACCCCGCCGAGGAGUGCUUCGAGAGGCCGCUCUUCACUCGCUGCGCCAGGCAGGACGCACUGUCCAGCUGGUGGCAAUUCGAGGCCGGCAAGUGCGCGCUCUGGACGUUCCCGUCGGGCGGCUGCCCCGCCAACGGCAGCGCCGUCUUUCCCACCGCCCAGGAGUGCGAGCAACGCUGCCGUCAUCGCGGAGCGCGCUGCCGGCGUCCCGAGGUGGUGGCGUGCGGCCGGCGCCACCUGCGCUACCCGUACUUCGCCCACGUCUACGCCGGCGAAGGCCGCGUGCGCUGCCUGCGCUCCUCCGAGACUCUAAUGCAGGGGCGCCAGUGCCUCGCCGGCGCCAACCGGUUUCGCAGUCGCGAAGCUUGCGACGCGUCUUGCAAGAACCGGCCACCGCCCAUUGCGCACUUCCGCAGACGGCGUCAUGCGCGAGCCGUUGGGAUUUGUCUCAUUUCACGCAGCGCACGAUUUUGCGCGCUGUGCACGAGGCCACCUGAAUAGCGGUACAAGUCAAGUGCUGCAUGAAUACCCAGGCAGACACAAGCGUAUCACAGAGCAUGAUCACAUGCUGGAACACGGUAAAAAAUGACAUAGUUUCGGUGUCUGCGCUGGCGACUGCACGACGUGGGAAGAAGCAGACAAAACGGAAGUAAAU